AUGGCAGUCGACUUGAUUCUAAAAAAAGUGUCAAGACCCGGAAUCACGGGCACACCUCUGCAUUAUGUAUCACCGGAAAAGCCUUCAGAAAAUAAUUUUGUAUUUGAUGUUAGAAGCGUCAACAGAAUGGGAAAGGUAUUUUUGUUCUGGUUUCUGUUCUUGUUGGUUACAAACACCGAAUGCGUUCCAAUCAAAAAUGAAGGUUUUGUAUCUUCCGGUGACCGCGAGAAUGGGAAUAAUGAAUUCUCAAGUCCAAACAACGUCAAUGGGAAGCUAUUGCCUACAUCUAAUACCGAUGUAAUGUGGUUUGAUAAUAUGAAAACGAGCAGCUCAUUCUUGAAAGAAUCAAGUGAAGUACCUGAGUCCUCCAGCGUAAGCGACAUUUCCGACAUUUCUAGUGAGAAAGAAUCAAGUGAAGUAUCUGAGUCCUCCAGCGUAAGUGAAAUUUUCGACUUGUCAAGCGAGAAAGAAUCAAGUGAAGUACCUGAGUCCUCCAGCGUAAGUGAAAUUUCCGACCUCUCCAGCGAAAAGGAAUCAAGUGAAGUAUCUGUGUCCUCCAGCGUAAGUGAAAUUUCCGACUUGUCAAACGACAAAGAAUCAAGUGAAGUAUCUGAGUCCUCCAGCGUAAGUGAAAUUUCCGACCUGUCCAGCGAAAAAGAAUCAAGUGAAGUAUCUGAGUCCUCCAGCGUAAGUGAAAUUUCCGACUUGUCAAGCGAGAAAGAAUCAAGUAAUGUAUCUGAGUCCUCCAGCGUAAGUGAAAUUUCCGACUUGUCAAGCGAGAAAGAAUCAAGUGAGUCCUCCAGCGUAAGUGAAAUUUCCGACUUGUCAAGCGAGAAAGAAUCAAGUGAAGUAUCUGAGUCCUCCAGCGUAAGUGAAAUUUCCGACCUGUCCAGCGAAAAAGAAUCAAGUGAAGUAUCUAAGUCCUCCAGCGUAAGUGAAAUUUCCGACUUGUCAAGCGAGAAAGAAUCAAGUAAUGUAUCUGAGUCCUCCAGCGUAAGUGAAAUUUCCGACUUGUCAAGCGAGAAAGAAUCAAGUGAGUCCUCCAGCGUAAGUGAAAUUUCCGACUUGUCAAGCGAGAAAGAAUCAAGUGAAGUAUCUGAGUCCUCCAGCGUAAGUGAAAUUUCCGACCUGUCCAGCGAGAAAGAAUCAAGUAAAGUAUCUGAGUCCUCCAGCGUAAGUGAAAUUUCCGACUUAUCUAGUGAAAAAGAAUCAAGUGAAGUAUCUGAGUCCUCCGGCUUAAGUGAAAUUUCCGAGAAAGAAUCAACUAGCUCUUUUAGCGUAAAAACUUAAUUAUUUCAGGCUUAUAUUUAAUGCUGAACUCGUAUUUCUAAACCCAAGCCUAGUUAAUUUUAUAUUAUCCAAAGAGAUGGCCACUUGGCAUUUCAUCUUGCUACUUUCGUAAAAAAAACGGUAUUCAGAUAUUGAUCUUUAUUUAAAUGAUUAUUAACGUCACUUUUCUGCUUAAAACUUGAGUCACAAUUGGUCUACAAUUGGAGUAUAUAAGUUACAAAUAACAUAAAUAAAAAUGUUCCAGUAGAAUUU